AUGGAAGUGUUGUUCCAUGAUGAAGAGGGAGACUACAUUCAUGCCACCAUUCUGAAAAAAGAUAUUGUCAAAUAUAGAGAAAUAUUACAAGAGGGCAAACUGUUUGAAAUUAAAAACUUCAUGGCUGCCACAAAUUACUAUGUCUACAAGAUUACACAACAUGAGUUCAUGAUAAAAUUCAACUAUAAAACACAAGUGAAGGAGAUACAUUCUAUAGGCUUUCCUUUAAAAAUGUUUCGCUUAAAGAGUUUCAUUUCUUUGGAAGAUCCUGCCGAUGUUAAUGACAAGGAACUUAUUGAUGUUAUUGGUCGGCUCAUUGAGAUCUAUAAUCCUAUGGAUAAGAUUAUAGGUGGAAAGGCAACAAGACUUAUUGACUUUCAAAUUGAAGACAAUGCUGAGAACACCCUGACAUGUACACUGUGGAAUGGACAUGUAUCUUCUCUUAUGCCUUAUUACAAUAGUGAUUCGAAAGAACCACUUAUUGUAGUCAUUCAGUGCUGUCGGGCUAAAGUGGUUAGUGGUGAGGUGAGAAUCACCAGCUCAUAUGAUGCUACCAAGCUUUGGUUCAAUGAGGAUUUUGAGGAAUUCCUAGAGUUCAAGUCAAAGUUGAAAUUUGAAAAUACUCUAAUGAGAAGUCUUAGUACUGACACUCUGCACUCACACUCUACAGGUAUUAGUGACUUUAAAAAUGCUUCUGUCAUUGUCACUAACUGCUAUGAUCUUAAGAAGAUUCAAGAGGAUGGGGAAUACUAUGUGGCUGCAGAGAUUUUGGGGUUAGAUUGUGAGGAUGGGUGGUACUAUGUAUCAUGCAUGUCACCUGACUGUAAUAAGAAACUUAAAGAAGAUGGAGGAUCACUCAUUUGUACUAAGUGUCACAAGCCUUAUACUCAGGGUACAGUUAGGUAUAAAGUGGUUGUAAUUGCUCUAGACAAGAGUGGAGAUGUUCCACUAUUACUUUGGGAUAGAGAAGUGGCAGAACUUGUGGGUAUCCCUGCUUCGAUUUUGUAUCAAAAAUACAAGGAGGUUGAUGUUGAAGUACCACCUGAGUUGGAUGCUAUUGUGGGAAUGAAAAUGUUGUUUAAAAUAGGUUUUAAACAGGCUCUAAAGAGGGGUAAUAAUUAUCCAUUCAAUGUGUUGAGGCUGGUCAAGGAAGAACAAUUGCUGAAAACCUAUAGUGACAGAUUUGUCGAGCAUCAAGAGCAGGAUUUAAUGUCAAGAAUGAUUGAGGAGGAAACUAACACUAAUGCAAAUUCUGAAGUAAGAAUUUCAAACUAA